UGCGAAAUGAGCCCUCUGCACCGUUUCUCGCCCCGGUUUCUUCCCCAGCCGUGAGCCAGAUUCCACAAAAGUGCGAUGGAAUCCCCGCUCCCCGACUCGACGCUCGUAUACCUCUCGCUCUCGUUGGCCGUGGCAGUCCAUCUAGUUGUUGGGCUCGUGAGCGCACCCGGCUCGAACCUCCCAUUGUUGGCCAGUACGUUCAUUUUUUGCAACAUGCUCUCGCGCACAGCGACGGUCCAGGGCCUUGCGAGGUGGGCCGUGCUGCUGGCCGCGAGCCAGACGCGGCACUUCGGUCUUUUCCGGGCCCCGACCCCGGCGCCCGGCGCCGAAAACAGCCGCUUUUCGGCUUUGGCCCCGCUGUCCCAGACCGAGCUUGUAGAGGCGCUCGUGUCGCUCCGGGAAUACGGCAAAAACUCGCGCCAGGCAAGCGUCCGCCGGCGCCGCUUGUACAAGAUGAUGUCGUGGCGCCAGCAGAGGCUCUGCGACGAGGCCGGGUACCUGGAGAAACUCCGGCAGAUCGACGUUCACAUCGACCGGAACCAGGCCUUUUUCAGCGCCAUCGUCACCGCCACCGAGAACGCGUACGGGCUUGGGCACGAGCACUAUGACGCGUGGCGCUCACGAGGCAGGACCGCGUCGCAAAAUACGUCCUCCUCCAACUACCGAGUGGUGGAGGCCCUCGGCCAUUUUGUGCGGGACUGGGCAUCCUCGGGAGAGGAGGAAACCGCGCCCAUGUUGCAGUACAUCAAGCGCCAGCUCGAAGCGGCCAUCCGCCCCGAAGACGCCGCCCGAACUUGCGUUGUUGUUCCCGGCUCCGGCUUGGGCCGCGUGGCACACGAGGUGGCCAGGCACAGGGACUACGGCGCGGUCCACGCGGUGGAGUUCAGUGGGCUCAUGCACGCGUGCCACCGGAGCAUCUACGAGCCGUCGCUGGCGACAGAACACCGGCUUUUUCCGCACAUCCACAGCACUUCCAACAGCGUGAACCCGCAGGCACACUUGCGUGCGUGCGAGGUGCCGGCCGGCGUGGCGCGGCCGCCCAACUUGCACCUUCACCUCGAGGACUUCCGCCACUUUGCCGUGCCCGGGCGCGAGGAGUACGACCACGUGGUGGUGGUGUCGGCGUUUUUCAUCGACACGGCCGAGAACAUCCUCGACUUCUUCGACCAGAUCCUCCAGCUCGCGGCGCCGGCCAAAACAACAGGGCCCCGCAACGGCUUCUGGAUCAACUACGGGCCGCUCAAGUACGGCAGCGCUGCGCAGGCGGAGUUGAGCGCCGCGGAAAUCGCCCACGUGCGGCAGAACAUGGGCUGGGUCGAUCGACACUAUCUCAACACCGUCGAGGACCCAGCGGCGGAGUUUGCCGCAAGCAGUCUUGCCGGGAGCGGUCUUGCGGGGUACAUCACCGACAAGCAGAGCAUGUGGCAGGGAUACUAUGGGAUCUCGAUGUGGACAAGCGGGCACAAGGCGAACCGGGACGGGCCCGCAGGCAAGGACGGGCUCAAGGCGGCGAAGCGGGAGUAGUGGGCGUACGCCGUGGCUUCAGGCCCCACCUGCCCCAUGGCGACAGUGCUUGUUCAUUCUGACGUGGCAUGUGUUGGUGAACCCCAUGCGGGUACUCGCAACGCAGUCUUUCGGAUGUAGCAGGGAACCGUGCGGCCGGCGGAUAUGAGCAAAAACAUGCGUUCCGUCUGGAGUGCCGAGCCUCGCGGCUCCUGCUUUCAGCUCCCAGCCGACAGGACUAGAGACGGAGUCAACGGCAGGGUGGACGAUUCAUCCGAAAUAUGACCAUGGCGAAAUAGCUAUACGCAAUUAGUUCACACCAAGUUGUUUGAAGGGUCCAAGUUCCGGUUAUAUGAAAGAUGAAAAGGUGUAAAGAAAGGGAAUGGCAUUAAUAUUAUAUAAUAACAAAUCCAAGUU